AUGACACGGUAUGAGUAUCCUGCGGUGGUGGUGUUUGACUUGGACUACACGUUGUGGCCAUGCUGGUGUGAUACGCACCUUUCGCCGCCGAUCAAGCCGGUUUCCAAGACCCGAGUAGUUGAUCAUUACGGGAUGGAAUUGUCAAUGUAUAAGGAUGUUGAAUCGAUAAUGGUUGAAUUAGAAGCCAAUGGGGUGGAGAUUGUGGGAGCCAGCCGUACGGCCACUCCCCGGAUAGCACAGGAGCUAUUGAGCCGGUUGCAUAUCAACGGGAAACCGUCGAUGAAGUAUUUUGCCAAUCUUCAAUGGGGGCAAGGAACUAAAACCAGACAUAUUCUGAGAGCAGCCAAGGAGUUGGGCAUGACAAAAGAGUUGGAGGCAGGGAUGUUUAUCUUGUUUGAUGACGAAUGGAGAAACCGAGACGUUGAAUCCAUAAACUGUCAUUUUGGACAUAUAGUCGAUGAACGGAAAGGAUUAACUCGGGAAAUCUUUGAAAAAAAAUUAAUUGAAUGGACCAAACUACAGAAUGAACAGCAUUAA